CACUCCUCUCAUAUUUUUCCAACUCCAUUUUUUCUCCAAAAACAAAUGGAAAAUCAUUUUCUUUACUGCUGAACUCAAUUAUUUAUUUAUCCAGAAGAAAUUUGUCCAAUUUUAGCAAUGGCGGCCGUCAAUUCUGUUUCAUUCGCCGGAAUAGUUCAAUCCCCUGACCGGAAAUUUACAGCUCGCAGUAAUUCGGCUUCAAAUUUCGAUGCUUUUAAGCUCCGCGGUACUGUGUCGUAUGAUUCGUACAAUUUUCGUGCUUCGAGAUCGACUCGCAUGGUUGUUCAUUGCAUGACCGCUGUUACAGAUAUACCUACUGUAUCUCAGACAAAGUCUAAUUUCUUGAAAGCAUAUAAGAGGCCGAUUCCUAGUAUAUACAACACGGUAUUACAAGAGCUUAUCGUACAACAGCAUUUGGUGAGGUACAAGAGGACAUAUCGGUACGAUCCUGUGUUUGCUCUCGGUUUUGUUACCAUUUACGAUAAACUCAUGGAGGGGUACCCAAGUGAUGAAGAUCGAGAUGCCAUUUUCAAAGCUUAUGUUGAGGCUUUAAAUGAAGAUCCUGCUCAAUAUAGGGUUGAUGCUCAAAAGUUAGAAGAAUGGGCGCGUGCUCAGUCGUCUAGUUCUUUAGUUGAUUUUACAUCGAAGGAGGGAGAAGUUGAAGGCAUACUAAAGGACAUUGCAGAAAGAGCAGGGAGCAAUGGAAACUUCAGCUACAGCCGUUUCUUUGCUGUUGGUCUCUUUCGUCUGCUCGAGUUAGCAAAUGCCACUGAGCCAACCAUUUUGGAUAAGCUUUGUGCCGCUCUGAACAUAAACAAAAAAAGUAUUGACCGCGACCUUGAUGUUUACCGCAAUCUGCUUUCUAAGCUGGUUCAAGCUAAAGAGCUCUUGAAGGAAUAUGUUGACAGGGAGAAAAAGAAAAUGGCAGAAAGGGCCGCUGCUGCAUCUCAGAAAGCUAGUGAAGCUGUCACAAAAAUGCUCGGUGGAGUGCAAAUCAACUAGGCGGUAAUGUACAAUUUUAUGUUGCCUUUUGUUAACAUCAUAUUGAGGAUAUAUAACAACACACAUCGAAAAUCAAUCGAGUACGAGAAAAAAAAAAACAAAAAGAGCUUCAUGCAGAUGUUAUAAUAGAGGCCAUUAAGUGGUAUUAUAUGUUGAUUAUCGACUACUACUAGCUUGGAACAGUAUUAAAUUUGUUUUUGAAAUGUAAUUUCAUUAUUUCCUGUCGAUAAAUGCAUUAAACGUUGACGCAUAGUGAUAUACUCUACGUUUAUUGUGUUUGUAAAGUUGUGUGGUGUUUUUAUAAACUGAGAAUCUGAUAUAUCAAUGAGAUUUCAGAACACUUUUUACCGUCGUUUGGUUAA